AUUAUUUUUUUUGUUCUGUGCCAGCUCAUGUGAGAUUGGGCUGAGGUAUUUAUCGGAUUCCUUUGUCCAUUUUGCUGGAGCAUCUGCAACACAGCCCUUGCGUUGCAGGACACGAGUAUUGCAUUGAGCUGUCUAGAAGAAUGGCGUCUCGUGUUGAAACUAACUUCAAGCGUUUGCUGAGCAAAUGCGAGUCGAUGGUUGCUGAGGAAAUACGAGCUGAAGACCUCUGGAGGCUGGAACAGUUUAUCUCAAGACUGACAGAGGACUUGGCCCAGCUUGAAAAGUCGCCAUGUCGACCGAAAGGGGAGACAUUGGUGUACAGCAAGAGACUACAAGUCCUCAACGAGUUUUAUAGAGCUAGGCAAGAGAGUCUGGAGAGUACACGCAAUGAUGCCACUAUCCCAGCGACCAAUCCCUUCGCCAAUACUUUGUCGGCAAAGAGUCGUGAAGCACAGAUGAAGGCGUGCGGACGACACUUGGGUGGCAUGAGAUCUGAGCUUCUUGAGGGCAGGAAUUCUUUGUCUCGCGAAAGCAGCACGCCCACGGCCGACUCUGGUGUCCGGCAUAGAAGUGCACGUGCUGAGCUAAUCGGCAAGGCGGACGGCACGUCAGAAGCAGCAACAACAACGUUAGCAGGCACAGGAGCUACGACAGCACGGCAGCCUCAUCAGCGUGGUGACGACCUGGAAGGUACCAUGCAGGUGCAUCGUCAGAAGCAGGAGGAAAUCGCCGAGGACAUGGUACAGCUGGCUCGUACUCUCAAGCUCAGUCAACGAAGAGCCAAGGACACCAUUGAGGAGGACACCAGGACUCUGCAGAAAUCAGCUGACAAGGCACAGGAGAGCGGAGACAAGCUACGCACCGAGACCGGCCGUAUACAGCAACAUACUCGCAAGUCCUGUUCGUACUGGACCUGGAUAAUGAUCAUAUGCGUAGCUAUUACCUUCAUCGCCAUGGUCAUCUUCAUACGCAUUGUUCCCAAGAAGUAGUCAGGUGGACUCUAUCUGAUCGGGAGACUUGAGCACUUGGUCUGGCUGGUCUGUAUGUGCUGUGUGUGUGUGUGUGUGUGCGCGCGCGCACACGCUCGUGUGUGUGCAUGCGUGCGCGCGUCCCCUCUAACAUUGCCCCGUAACCAAUGCACACACAGGAGGUCUUCACACACUGCUUGUGUCGGUGCUAGGUAUGGUGUGCAACGCCUGCUUGUGUCGGUGCGUGUCCAUAUCGGCACAUGGCCAUGUGUGCAGCUGCCACUACAAUCAUCUGUCUAUUGUAUUUAUUCUAUUUUCCUGUGAAUGAAAUAUUUGAACUUGAGGCCAUCCAUGAAGUAUACAUGUAUACUUUAUCGCUAUAAAACAAAACGUUAUCGCUAUAUCGCUUAUUUUUGUAAGUUGAAGACACUUGGUCUGUCUGUGUAGUCAGUUAGUGACUACCAUUAAUUUUGAUUUGCUGAGUGCAUGUCGCAUGCAUUAAUUUUGUUGUGUUUUGCUGACUGCUGUAUUGUUGCACAUGUAUUAUGCUACCCUGCCUUGCUACCAUCAGUACCAUGUAUUGCAUUCCAAGUCACAAAUCUCACUUUUCUACCGAUGACUUUUAGUCUUGUUUAGCAGCGUGUAGACCUUUUUAUAGAGAUCCAGAUUUUGAUAAACGUUA